AAAAAAUUCUUUCUUUUUUUCUUUUUCCUUCUCUUUCCCCUUCUCUUCCCCUUUUUGUUUACCCUUCCCCUUUUUGUUUACCCUUCCCCUCUUAGAACCCAUCGAACCCAGCAGCCACCAUUGGGUUCCUCAGAAACCAGUCGCUGGGUUCUAACGAACCCAGGCGCUGGGUUUCUUAGAACCUAGGCUUGGGUUUGUUCGAAGAACCCAAUAGAUGGGUUCGAAUGAACCCAGGCUUUGGGUUCCAAGGAACCUGGCGCUGGGUUCGACGAACCCAGGCUCUAGGUUCGACGAACCCAGGCUCUAGGUUCCAAGGAACCCAGCUGGGUUCGCAUGGGUUCGACGACCCAGAUCGUCUGGGUUCGACGAACCCAUGCGUUGGGUUCGACGAACCUAGCUAGGUUCGAAGGAACCCAUCGCCUGGGUUCAAUGAUCCCAAGCUCUGGGUUUCCUCAAACCCGGUGCUGGGUUCGAUCAAACCCAGGCACUGGAAGGAAAGGAAGAGGAAGGAGAAAGGGAACGAGGAAAGCUCAGUUGGGUUUGAAGGAACCCAUCGCCUGGGUUCGACGAUCCCAGACUCUGGAUCGGAUUUCAAAUCACAUUUCAAAUUUCUUUAGUGGUAACGAGUGGUGCAAAUUGCCUUACCUUGCAAACUUCUUCAAAUUUGCCUGCCGCUCCACACUCAAGGACAAUUAUUACAUUCACGUAGAAUCAUUCACACAUUUAGCCAAAGAUUUUGAGAGAUACAGCUACUAUGAAGGACAAUCAAAAGCAGAGAAGCUGCUUGGAGGAGGGAAAGUUUCUGACAUUUUGCUCUGGAGAGAUGAAAGGAAAACGUUUACAUGCUUUCUUGCUCUGGCUCUGGUGUUUUACUGGUUCUCUCUCUGUGGAAGAACUUUUAUCUCAUCCAUGGCCAGUCUUCUGCUAUGGGUUGCAAUAGUGCUUUGUGGAUAUGGCAUUAUACCGUUGGAGAUAUUGGAUUUAAUCUGGAGGAUACGUUUGCCUAGUGUUGAAAUCUCAGAAACAGUCAUGAGAGAUUCAAUUAGAUCCAUAGCUUAUGAAUGGAAUAGAGGGGCUCGUACUAUAAGGUCAUUGGCCAAGGGAGAGAACUGGAAUACUGUUUUCAAGGUUGCAGGUUCUCUUUACGCUCUCAAGUUCCUGUUGUCUUACUUGGUGACUGUUCUGGCCGGCAUGAUUCUGGUGUUUGCUUUCACUGCAUUCUUCAUUUAUGAGCAAUAUGAAUUCGAAAUCGGUGGAUUGGCAAAAUUUCUCUUCAACAGUAUUAUGGAAUCAAAAGCAUUGUUGGCAAGCAAUCUACCAGCUUCCGUAGCUUCAUAUCUUCAUAACUUCGCAACUCCGCACCAGCCAAAGACUCUCACCGUUCCCAUGGUGAAGACUCAGAAAGAGAUGUGAUAAGCGCAUUUUUCUCUCCUCAUGUCCGAUUGGAUAGCUUGCUUAGGCUUUUUGUAUCAAACCAUAGAGGUUUUUUCCCCAGAUGAACAAAGAGAUGGGGCAUAGUUAAUAGAAAUAGUUCAGCAGAACAGGUUUAGUCCUGCACAGAGGUAUGAUGCUACGACAGGAAAACCAUU